CGCAAAAUCUUCAGCAGCAGCAGUUUAUAAUUUUUUUCACUAGUAGGAAAUAUUUUAAGUAGUUGCUAAGUAAGUGUUUUAUCAAAUGAAACAUGAUAUUGUGAAAUGGAGUUCUGAUGUGUUAUGAGCAUAUAUGCAAAAAAUUUGCAAGUUCAGGAAUCAAAUCUGUGUGUUCAGUUCAAUCUGCCAAUGCUAACGUUCUGUGUAAACAAUAAGCAACGAUAAUGCAAUGGUGAUAAUAAAUUCUAGAAAUAGCUCUCAUAUCAACAUUUGUUAGCUUGAGCCAUUUUUGAGGUUUAUUAAUCACUUGAAUUUUACUACUUCAACGAUUAAGGAGAGAGUACGAGUAAAAUGAAAAAGCUGUUCAAAAUCAUUACGCAUCAGAGGAGUUUUAAUUCCGAAGAUUUACUGCUUAACUCAAAAGAUCAUCCGGAUCUAAAGUUGGGCGAUAUUGUAGAAAUCUAUCAUCCGGAAGAUGACAACGUUCGUUUACUGCUGCAGGUGACGUGUCUAACCGACGAUGUGAUGAGCCGGGAAACCAUUAGCGUGGAGGCGAACAUUGCCGUAUCCUUCAAUCUAAAGUCAUAUAAAGAUGUUUUCAUGCAAAAGAUGGACCCUUGCGACGUUGCAUUGGAUUCCGUGGAAAUAACAUUCAAGGAUCAGUAUAUGGGUAGAUCAGAGAUGUGGCGACUGAAAACGUAUCUCACAAAUACCUGCGUUUAUCUAAACAAAAAAAUCGAAUACUGCGAAGGUUGUAUUCGAUGUCAGGUUUACGAAAUGUGGUCGCAGGGAGAUCGGGUUGCCUGUGGGGUGAUCACGGAGGACACCAAGGUAGUUUUUAGAAGUAAUACCUCUAUGGUGUACCUGUUCAUUCAGAUGUCGUCCGAAAUGUGGGAUUUCGACAUACAUGGAGAUUUGUAUUUCGAAAAAGCUGUGAAUGGGUUUCUUGCAGAUUUAUACACAAAGUGGAAAAAGUUGGGUAGCAAUCACGAGGUGACUAUUGUGAUGUUCUCGAGAACGUUUUAUGCUGCAAAAUGUCUUGAUGAGUUUCCGCUACAUAUGCGGGAGUGUCUUCAAAUAGAUUACAAAGGUCGAUUCUACGAAGAUUUUUAUCGUGUAGCGAUUCAGAAUGAGCGUUGCGAUGAUUGGAGUUCUACGUUAGUGCAGCUCAGACGGUUGUUUACUGGAUAUCGUGAUGUUGUGCUUAAGUAUCAUGUACGACCGAAUUUAGAUGUGAAGGUUCCGCAAGCAACGAAUUCCACUGCUGCGCAGGGAAAUUUUCUUGAAGUGCUCAAUAUCUCGCUCAAUGUAUUUGAAAAACACUAUUUGGAUAGAAGUUUUGAUCGUACCGGUCAACUUUCUGUUGUGAUUACUCCUGGCGUGGGUGUUUUCGAAGUAGACCGCGAAUUGACGAAUAUCACAAAACAACGAAUAAUUGAUAAUGGUGUUGGAAGUGACUUAGUUUGCGUCGGUGAACAGCCAUUGCAUGCUGUGCCAUUAUUGAAAUUUCACAACAAAGACUCCCUCACAUCAAUCGAUGAUUACUCGAUGCCGCAUUGGAUCAACCUAAGUUUUUAUUCAACCAAUAAAAAAGUAGCGUACUCCACGUUCAUUCCAAGGAUAAAACCACCACCGAUAGCGUUAGAGACAGCAUCUCAGGAAUCUUCAGAUGCAUUCAGACUAAAACUUCCUAAAAAGGAAAAUAAGAACGAAUACAUCCACAACUGUCUUUUCGAUUAUGAUGCGUUUGACGAUCAAAUAUUUCAAAUGCCUACGGUACAUGGUACUUGUUCGCUGCAACGCGUGGCUCGAACAAAAAAAACUUCAGUUCCUAGUUUGGAUGGAUUCGGAAUGUAUGGUAACAAUCGUGAAUGGGAUAGCAUAUCAUCGCCAUCUGAUUUGCGGAGAAAAAUGUCUGAUCCGGAUAUACAUCACAACAUUAAUAACAUGCUAAAUUUAAGUGUGACUUCUCACAAUAGCUCACUCAGCACAACGGAGCAGACCAACGAGAAGUGUGUCAAUCGUAGCUUCGGAUCAUCGAGUGGACCGGUAGUUCGAACUGGGCGAGCCUUGAUUAACCCUUUCGAUCCAUCGCAUGUUACGAUUAAGUUGACUUCCAAUAGACGGCGAUGGACGCAUAUUUUCCCAAAGGGUCCACAAGGUGUACUGAUCCAGCAGCACCACUAUCAAGCCGUCCCUACUACCAUCAAGGCUGUGAACUAUGCUGCCUUCGAUUUAGACACAAGCAGCGAGUAUGCACAUACAUCAACUUGUACCUGGGGUCGGCAUGGCCGGCAAAGUAGUAUCACUUCGUCGGACAGUCGACUGAAUGAUGAGGAUUUAAAGUGGAUUAUCGAAAAUAAAGGCAAUCGUAAAAAAUCCGGAGUUCUGCACUCGGCUGCAGGACCUACCGUAACAGUUACACCGUCAAAAAGUCUCACACUGUUGUGGGGCGUCACUGGCGAACAGGAGUGGACUCCCUCGCUUACCACAGGCGUCGACUGGAAAUCGCUAACCAUACCGGCAUGCCUGCCAAUAACAACGGAUUACUUUCCGGAUAAACGCUCGCUGCACAACGACUAUGUCGUGUCGGACUACACGCUAUUGCCGGACGAUGUGAACGCUGACUUUGCACAGAAUCGAGCAAUUUACAAGAAACCCCUCUCGACGGAUGAAGUGUUCAAAGAACUUGUUUCACAACGAUUAGCACAGGGCUUCCAGUUGAUUGUGCUACCGGACACGCCAUCGCCAAAUCCACAAAAGGCCCCUUGUUGCGGAGGUCAGUUGCAAAGCUCCUACCAGUCUAGUUCCGUUCUCAGGAUACGUGCUCCGCAGGAACAAUCGCAAGAGUAUUUGUUGUCGAUUGGAAGAAUUUUUCAUAAGAUUUCCCUGAGCGGAUCAACUAUUACUGUUACUAGAUAUCGACCAAGGCACCCGUACCCACCGAUUAACGUUGGAUACCCCUAUCGGUUCCAUGCUCCUCAGCACGACACGUACGAAGUGUCUGGUGUCAAAUUCACCACAGAGAAGUUAGAGAACUUCAACUGGAACUAUAUGGAUCAGUAUAUUUGCACUCGUGGAGAUACAGACUUUCAAUUACUCGAGAACAUGAAAUAUUGGCGCUAUCGAAUGUAUCUGUUACCACGAGAGGACCCAGCUAUGAAGAAAAUCUUGGAUGGAACUGUGAAACGUUGUGACAUUUACACUGAAGAUAAACCAAUCCAAUCCGAAAAGCAUGUCUGCAAUGAGUUCAUUCGGUUUGUGGAGUCUCAUCUGAACAAAAUAAAAAAAGCUUCGGCCAAGAAGCCAAGGGGGAUGCAGUCCCAUCUGACCCGAAGACGACACAGCACCAGUAUACUGUCCCGGCCACCGACGAACCAGGUAUCCCAAACGCAGCCUUAUCGGGAACGAGUCGGAAGCAAUCGACUGCCGGAGAAACCUCGACUAAGGUUCACAACUUUAUAAUUUCUAUUGUGACUAAGUAAUGGUUAUGGCUUAUUGCUAGCUUGUGGCUUACUCGAUUGGCAUUCUUUGAACUGCUUGUUUGUUGUUUGUAGUUUGGUAAAAUAUUUUUUUUUUUUC